GCGAACUUAUAUCCCUCCGCCAGGGUCGGGAGCUCCCGGAAGAGCCGUGUACAGAUUCUGCCGCCGGCCUCGACUAGAAUUUUGUUAUUAUUUUCGAAGGGCUGAUUUCUUUUUCUUUUGUUUUCGUUGUUACUGGCGGCGGCCAUAACUGUCACCGCUCCCGAGCCUCCUUAUUGUUAAUUUAUUACCGGUAACUGUAACAAAUGUCGACCCCAGCUAGACGGCGCCUGAUGCGGGACUUUAAGAGGCUACAGGAGGAUCCCCCCGCAGGAGUGAGCGGAGCCCCCUCUGAGAACAACAUCAUGGUCUGGAACGCAGUCAUUUUCGGACCUGAGGGAACGCCAUUUGAAGACGGGACUUUUAAACUUACAAUAGAAUUCACAGAAGAAUACCCAAAUAAACCACCAACGGUUAGAUUUGUGUCUAAAAUGUUUCAUCCUAAUGUAUAUGCUGAUGGCAGUAUAUGUUUGGACAUUCUUCAGAAUCGCUGGAGUCCAACUUAUGACGUGUCUUCAAUAUUAACCUCUAUACAGUCAUUGCUGGAUGAGCCAAACCCUAACAGUCCUGCAAACAGCCAAGCGGCCCAGUUAUACCAGGAAAACAAACGGGAAUAUGAAAAGAGGGUGUCUGCAAUAGUAGAACAGAGCUGGCGUGACUGUUGACCCCGGCCCUUGUAUAUGAACACUCUGAUCAGGAGGAAAAUAUAUAUAUGAAGUGUCUGAGUGAUCUUCCUCUUACUAGAAUCUUUUCAUUUACAUUGACCGCAAAGUGGCUGUUGUGCUGUCACCGCCUUCCUUACCCCAGCUGAUGCUUUUUUUUUUUUGUUUGUUUUGUCCCCUUUUGGACACCUGAAAACAUUCAUGUAUGAAUCAAAUGUACUGUAUGUGGGUUACUUGCAAAACUGUAGCAACAUUAUAUAUUAUAUAUAUAUAUAUAUUUUAAUUUUCAUGCAACAGUUUCCAAAUCUCUGGUUGAUCUUUAUUCACUGUAGUUGUUUGUAUUUUAAUUCAAAGGUGUGCGUGUGUGUGCUGUAUGUAUAUAAACAUACACAAGGUAGUUUUGACAGUAGUGGAAAAGGGUCUGCCAGCGAAAAGGUCCACAUUGAGCAUAGACCGAAUUACAUACAGCGCAAAGACAUGGCUGUACUAAAGCAUUUUAAAAGGAGCUUUUCACUAUGUUUGUGGAGUUGAGGGAAGGUUAUUUAAGAAACAUCAAUUUUUUAAAGUUCUUAACCCCUGCUGUCCAUCUCUGUAUGUGAUGGCUUGUAGUCCCUCUAGUUGUUAAUGGUGUCUGCAUGUAUGUAUGUACCAUUGAAGAAAGCAGAGCUGUCCAAUGCACCAAACCUCAAAGGGUUAAAAAAUAAACAAAAUGUUGAUGUUACGGCGACACAUGCCAAACUGCUCGAUUCUCUACUGAGAAGUAUUUCCCAUGGAUUAAAAAAAAAAUGAAAUGUGAAACGGACCAUAACAUUUUGACAGCAAAAAUGUUCCACACAACCGACAGGUUUUAAAAUACACUUCCCUUCCUCAACUAACAACCAUCCCUUACCACAGAAAACAUACCCGCAUUCUCUUUUGCCCCCUUGUGUAUGUGAUGAUUUUUUUUUUUCUUUUUCUACCCUUUCUCCAUUUAAGACUUCCGGUUUUUCCUUUUGCAUAUAAAAGCAAGUAUUUUUGUGGAUUUUGCACAAAACUAUGGAAUUUUGAUUUUGCACAAGUAACCCAUGUAAAGCUGUACAUUCUCUAAACUUGUAAAUAAAAGUGUAAUCUACCAAAGUACAACAA